AUGUUGUCAACGACAGUUCUUCUCGCAACUCUCAGUGCUCUCUUCACAUCCGAGGUAUCGGCUCACGGCCAUGUAUCCGAGGUCCUCAUCAACGACAAAAGCUACUACGGCCACGACCCCACCAAAGUCCCCUACGGACCUCAACCAGAGAGUAUCACCUGGACUAACGGUGCCAAAGACAACGGCUUCGUCAUCUCGACUGCGAGCGCACUGUCUUCUCCAGAAAUCACCUGUCACCUCAACGCUACAAACGGGCAUCUAACCGCAGACGUCACUGCUGGCGCGACCAUCACGGUGCGCUGGUCGGAUUGGCCUGAAGCGCACUGGGGACCUGUUCUUGAUUACAUGGCGCGAUGUCCGAAUGAUGAUUGCACAACAGUGGAUAAGACCAAGUUGAAGUUUUUCAAGAUUGAUGAGAUGGGGCAGUUGACGAGGGGAACUGUGCCUGGUAAGCCAGGGUAUUGGGCGAAUAACAAACUUCGUGAUGAAGACUUCUCAUGGAACAUAACGAUCCCGGCUAAACUAGCACCCGGAAGCUAUGUCCUCAGACAUGAAAUCAUUGCCCUGCAUGCGGGAGGCGCUGAGGGAACAACGCAGAUGUAUCCUCAAUGUAUCAACCUGAUUAUCAAGGGAGAUGGCACUGCACAGCCUGAUGGCUUGUUUGCGACGGAUUUAUAUUCUUCUACAGAUCCGGGUUUGCUGCAUAAUGUUUUUGUGGAUGAGUGGAGUGAUGUAGAGUACAUCAUCCCGGGACCUUCAGUAGUCAAGUUUUAG